AAAACAACGAUGUUACCUGGAGAUCGUCGUUCGUUUUAACCGUGAUAUCCCUACUCUGGUAACAUCUAGCAGAGUACCAGAAGUACAGACGCAGUUAGAUACCUACCAGUUGGUUUCUACACACGAGAGCCUCGACAGUUGUCGCUCGGUAACUCUCGCGGAGCGCAUUCGAUUUGAAGAGUUGCUAUCGAAAUCCUUGUCACUUCAGGAUCCAGGAUCGUUGAAAAUCUCACAGAAAACUUUCUUCGGGUACAACGCGAAUUCACCUGGACACCAUCUUCAGGAUGGCAACUUUGAAACAGGCUCUGGGCGCGAGCGAGCUUACCGAUAAAAAGGCCGGCCUUUACCGCGCGCUAGUUGCAGAGUUUCUUGGCACGUUGUUGUUGAAUUUCUUCGGCUGUGGAUCUGUCAUUACGGGGAACGUCGUUGCAAUAAGCUUAGCGUUUGGUUUGGCCGUGGCCACAGCGAUUCAAGGAGUAGGACACGUUUCUGGUGGUCAUGUUAAUCCUGCUGUCACGUUUGGUUUAAUGGUUAUUGGCAAGGUGCCAGUUAUUAGAGGCUUAUUGUAUGUAAUACUUCAAUGCAUAGGUGCAAUAGCGGGAUCUGGUAUAUUAAGAGCAUUAUCUCCUGAAAGGAUGGAACAUGCUCUAGGCGUAGUAUCUCUCUCACCAGGCGUUACCCCUGUCCAAGGUUUCGGUAUAGAAUUUUUCCUUGCCUUCGUGUUGGUACUGGUCGUGUGCGGUGCAUGUGACGCGGCAAAGCCGGACAGCAAGGGAAUAGCUCCUCUUAUAAUUGGACUUUCGGUUUCCGUUGGCCAUAUUAUCGGCGUGCCAAGAACUGGUGCAGGUAUGAAUCCAGCCAGAUCAUUUGGUAGCGCUGUUGUAAUGGGUUCGUUCACCGACCACUGGUUGUAUUGGAUCGGACCAAUCCUUGGUGGGAUGGCAGCUGGAUUGAUCUACGCGUUUGUAAUCGGUCCUGCGAAAGAACCUGAAAAUUCCAAUACAGCGUAUACCGUUGCCGCAACAGACGAGAAGGAGGUAUAGUAAAUCUACAGAGCCUUACCAGUAAGAAGAAAGACAAUCCUGCUUGAUGUUCUAACUACUGCUAACCAACGCAUUUUCAACUGUUUCGAUCAUUAUCUAUGUAAUGAUUUAUAUGCCUAAAAUAAGUGAGUUUUAUGUUAUUUAAUCAUCGCGUCAUUAUUAAGCAAAACUAUUUAAAUAUUUUCCAACAAAGAAAGUAAUAUUGACACAUGAAAAGUGUUUCGAGUUUGUCACAAAAUAAUUAUAUAUCUGAUAAUAUUACAUCAUUGAAUACACAGAUAUAUAUAUUCGUUUAUAUAUAAAUAUAUGUUCUUUACCUGUAAUUUCAAAUCGUUCCUUUAUAUCAGAUUUGAGUAAUGAUUAUUGCAAACCAAAGAUCGAGUCUGCCGAACAAAAAUUUUAUAUAGUGUCGACAUCUUCCGUCAUUUCAAAGAUAUAACCUAUUUAUUGUUACAAACUACUCGCAAAAUAUUCUUGAAUUAUCGAUAAAUGAUUAAAAUGAAAACUCUUGUAUUUCAAAUAAUACAAUUAAAUAUAAUUUUUUAUAUUGUAUUAAAAUAUUUACCACAUUUUGAUAUAAAAAAUCGUAUAAAAUCGUAACAAAUGCCAAUAUCAAUUAAUCUAUAUUAAUUUACGAUGUUUUGUAUUUAUUCGAUAUUAUUAUAUUUUAAAUUAUAAUUAUACAAUUAUUAUAACGUAUAAUCAGAAUAUAACAUGCAAUAUUUAAUUUAUAAAUUCUAAUGAUAAUGUAUUUUCAGUAUUUAAUCAAUAUUUAUACAUUUUUAUUAUCAAUAACCAUUCAAUAUCAUUCGCUCCUACAUUUUAUAUCUAAAAACUGAAAAUUUAUAUUAUUUUUUUUUUUAUAAAUUGUAUAUUAAAAUAUAAUUGAAAUAAUAUAUGAAAUCAUAUAAUAAAAUGUAAUAGUAAAAUGUACACUAAGUUUAUAUAUGUGCUAUAAUCUAAAAUAGUAACAAAUAAAAUAUAAAUGUUUU